AUGGCUAGAACUAAGAAGUCCGAACAAUCUACUCCACUAACCUUUAAAGAACGCGAAGAACUCAAUAAGUCCGAUAUCAAAAACCGACUAGAGAAAUCAACCGUAGCUAAAUAUACAUCCGGAUACAGAAGAUUCCUCAAGUUCUGCAAGGAACAUCACCAUGCAGGAACAAUUUCCGAUAGUUUUAACCUCCUGACAAUCGAAAAAACCGUGGGCCAGCAGAAAGUGAAGAUCCCAUUCGACCCGUAUAGUCAUGGGACGCGUCAAGAUGACGUCUACCGUAUACCUACUUCACCAAAUGGUGGGAAGCACCACUUUGGAAAAGCUGUUAGUUAUUCUCGUUGGAUAAUAUGCUUACAUUGA